AUGGUGACCUUUGAGAUUGAUUUGAAGGGUGAAGAAGGGCUUCAAUCCGGAGAUGUUCGCCCCCUCCGCAAGGUAGAGGUGGACAGUGAACCUGGGGAUGGCUAUUUGUGCCCCAGCUGCCCCUUCCCCUGGUGGGCACUGCACUACCCGAGUGGCCGAGUGGUACAUCGCAAGGGCCGGACCUUGUUUGACCCGCCACAUGGGCAACCAAAGUUCCAGGACAAGGGUUUAGAUGGGGAUCGCAGCCUCAAGAGCUUCAUGGAUCAAAUCCUGCACCGAGGACACAAGCCUUUUCGCUCGGGAUUUUUUUACAACGACAACGGAGCUGUCUUUGGGGAAGAAUCUGCCAUGGAACAUUUGGCGCAACAGUUGCAUUUGAUGGAUGAAGGGCAGGAGAGUCAGCCCUUGAGUCUGGCCCAAUCCACGUCGGUGAUGUCGACCGUCUCUACCCCGAGGUCUGACUAUGGGUUGGGAAGACACCUAAGCCGCGGCCUCACCAUGGACAGCGCCAAGAAGCAGGUGCUCAUGGAAUGGAGGCCAGACGAAGACAGCUCCUAUUGCUGCUUGCUCUCACAAGACUCCCAUCUUCAACGUUUGAGCCAGAGCCUGUUCAUGGUCGUUUUGUCCUCCUUUGAUCGAAUGACCUCAGUGCAGCUCUGCAUUAGUUUGUUGGCGGACAAGGAAUUUGAGGAUCUUCGUGGCUCAUGGGAGGGUCACCUGGUGGUGUUUUCCAUUGUGGGGAUGGUGAUUCUCUACAUGAUCGUUUGGCUUUUGCAAUCCGUGAGCCGGGCCAACGAUGCCGUCCGGGCGGACAUUGACUACGUGGGAGAUUUGGUCUGGCCCACAGGAGCUCCCAAAGGUGUGUCCUGUGAAAGGCCUGAAGGUGAUCGACUGGCGUCCAACCUUGCAGUGCGUUUGUCCUUGACCUACUUCCAGUUGUUUUCCAUGCCUCACCUGGUGACAGAUGUUGUACAGCUAUGUCAUCCGCGUAAAGGUGCGAUGAAAUUCUCUGCUCUCAGCUACAGAGGAAAGAUCCCUCGAUUUUUCGCACUGGGUUACGUGAACAAGGUCAUGUUCCACUUUGAAGAGACGGUGGGCGUUUUAUCCCUACUUCCCAAUAUGGCCUUGGUAAAGCUUCCAUGCAUGGCCAUCAAAGUCUACAUGUUUUGCUUCUUACAGCAGUCUGUGCUCUUGCUGGUGAGUGUCUUGUGGGACAUGAUCCUGAAUGGCGUAAAGACCUACAAGAUCAUUUCACAUGUCAGGACCGCCAGGAAAUACAAGAACUGGCUUGCAGAUUCAGAACGAUCAGAUAUGACCCUAUCAGCCAAGACUGUGAGGGAAAAGCUGCUAAAGAAGCACUUUUUCUUCCAAGAGUCUCCAAAAACUGGAAAGUUGGAAGAUCCUGGCUUGUUGGGCUGGUUUUGGCAACUUUCUGGCGGCCGCUGUUGCGUGGAAGAACUCAGGAGCCCCACAGGCUACUUGGGACGUUGGACCCUGCCGGAAGAUGAGACGUGUGCAGAAGAUCUCCGGGCAGACUGGGUGCAACGAUCCGUCAAACUCAGGUCCUUGAAGUCCAUGUUGCGCUGCCGGCCGGGCGAAGAGAUUGGCCGCAGGGUGGUGUGGAGCUGUGGUAUGCCCACCAUCCCGGCCAUGGUGGUGGAGAAUCUGGAACUGGUGGAUCCGGUGACCCAAAGGGUGCGCACCGAAUUCUGGUACACGGCCAGUGGCAGGGUGCGGUACCACCCACCUCAGAGGAAAAAACCACAAGAGGCUGAGGUGCCGGAUGAGUGUGAGAAUUUGGAGCCGGAUGAGGAGUUUAGCUAUGCGAGGCUGUUGACCUACAGCAGUUUCUCCAUGAGGUUGUGCGAGGCGCUUGCCAGGGCUUCAUGCACAGCUUUCUACAACAUAGCGAUGCUGAACCUGUUGGUGGAGAUAGUCACUACUAAGGAGCUGUCGGGGUACUAUGAUGGAGAAAUCUUGGCGCUGUUCAUCGUUUCCCGCUUCUUGUGGGUAUACAUCUCACUGCGGCGGGCACAGCGGGUCAUCGUCCUGGAUUGGUUCGAUAGAGGGGAGUAUGUCACCAAUGUGGGUUGCUUCGGGCGGUUUGGGCUGCUGGGUUCCGCCACCAUCGUGGAGAUGUUCCUGUUGCCCCGCAUGGUGCGAGACGCGGUGAGCUUGCUGCAUCCGGACAAGACGACCCAGCCCUUCAUGGCCUUUGGGGGCAAGUUGUAUGGGCCCAGGGCAUUCAUCCUGGGCUUUCCCAACAAGGACCAGUUGGAUCCGUUAGAAAUGGAUCAGAGUUGUGGCGAUGGCAUGCGUAUUCUGCCUGAAACCGUAAACCCUGAGGAAAUGUACACCACCCAAAGCCUGAAUGGCAUCUUGUCGCAAGUGCCAGUGCUCAUGGCAGAUGUCGCUCUGACCUGUGGCCUUUGUUGGACCCUGAGCGCACGAAUUGGUCUCUUCUACUUUUCCGUGCCGGCAGAUCGCGAGCGUUGGCUGUGGUGUCGGUUGAUGACAUGGUUGGUCUUGGUCUUCACCGUCCUGAACUUCGUCCUGAAGUUGAUGCUCCUGUACAGAUACACUGGAGCUCGCAAGCGUUACAGGACGUGGUUGAAGCAACAGCUGCAAGACAUUGGGCAACCGGAUGCCAUCCUUCGUGCCCUGAAACGAGAGUGGCGCACAUACUACGGUGAAUUGGACCAGGUCUUAGCUUCUGGCCCAUUGAGUCCCUGA